AUGUCACAUAUUAACCAGGCAGAGGAAGGACGCAUCACUGUUUGUGUUCGGGCUCGUCCCCUCAGUGAACGCGAAAAACGUUUGAAAUCACCGUCAUGUCUUCGCUUUCAUGAUGGAAAAACAGUGCGGAUUUUCAGGACAGGUUGCCCUGAAGAUGGUGCGGAGGGAACGGAUGAGGCUUCCACGGCGAAAGUCUUUGCUUUUGAUCGUGCCUACGACUCCAACGUGGUGCAGGCCUCACUGUAUGAGGAUUUGGGAUUGCCCGUGCUGGCCUCUAGUUUUAAGGGGUUUAACACCUGCAUUUUUGCGUAUGGCCAGACGGGAAGCGGGAAGAGUUACUCUAUGAUGGGACCCUCUGGUGGUCGCGACGUGUUUGUGGAUCCGGGUAUUAUUCCUCGUUUAUCCAAAGGGCUUUUUGCCAUGGUGCAGGAACGGCAUGCCAAGAAUGCGAACGAUCGUGAGGCAGCGCGUGCGAAUGCGGUGGAAGAGCAUGCUCUCCCACCUGAGCUAAAUAUAACUGUUUUGGUGAGUUACAUGGAAAUCUAUCAAGAGCGUGUGAAUUGCUUACUGAACAAUAAGCUUGAUAAUCUCAAGGUUCGUGAACACCCGGCGCUUGGUGUGUACGUGGAGAAGCUUAGUGAGGUGAAGGUGUUCUCGGAGAACGACAUUAUGCAGGUUGUAGAUAGAGGCAACCAGGGCCGCCACACAGCUGCCACGAAGAUGAAUGAUCGUUCCAGCCGCUCGCACGCCAUAUUUUCAAUCUCACUCAUUCAGGAGCAUAAAAGCGUCACAAAGGAUGGUAAUGCUUCCUCAACAGCGCUUCGGGCCAAAAUUAAUCUUGUGGACCUUGCAGGUAGUGAGCGGGCAAAGUCAACUGGAGCGGAGGGAGAUACGCUCCGUGAAGGGGCUAACAUCAACAGGUCUCUCACCGUCUUGGGGCAGGUGAUCAAUGCUUUGGCGCAAUUGAGCAAACAAAAGUCGGACGCAGCCGGCCCUAAGCAUGUUCCAUAUCGAGACUCUACACUGACUUUUAUUUUGAAGGAGUCCCUUGGAGGCAACAGUAAAACAUUCAUGUUGUCGACGCUUAGCCCUGCAGCGGCAAAUUACGAGGAGACACUAAGUACGCUGCGAUACGCUGACCGCGCUAAGGCGAUUGUGACGCGAGCCAUCAUCAAUGAAUCGGCAGGAGACAGGAAAAUACGUGAAUUAGAAGAUGAGGUUCGCGUGUUGCGAGAGAAGAUGCGACACUAUGAGGAAAUGGUUGCACAUGGGGAAGCCGUGAGUAACAUUUCCAACCGUGUCUCGCAAGAGUCGACGAAUGAUGCUGGUGACGAUGGGGAAACAAGAACCAUUGUGGAGGAUGACAUGAUUUAUGCUCACGCUAAGACACCGAGGUGGGCAGGAGAUGCGGCGGCGUUGGAACGAGAAUUACGCCGUUCGGAAAGUCUAAUUCAACACCUUGUGGCUAACAAAGGUAUCUCACUGGAGGCAUCCACGCUGCGUGAUAUGUAUCCUUCCACUCCCACAAUUAGAGUCAAUCGUAAUGAACCGUUUUUGCUUAAUAUGGAUGGAGUUGGGGACUGGGUGGUGGAGUAUCUUUUCCCCGGCACAACAUAUUUUGGACGCGAGGCAGGUGAUACGGAAAAGGGUGCGCGUUGCAUUGUGGUCAGUGGGGAGCAGACGGCUGGUAUUGCUGCCCGACACUGCUGUUUUAUCAGGCAAGAGGGUGGUGAGGUGUUGCUUCGACCGCUGGAUGGCAACCUGACGUACAUUGACGAUGAUCAAGAUCCCGUCGCUGAGGAUACCCCGCUGAAAGGUGGUACUGUGGUCUGCUUGGGUGACGAAUAUGUGCAGUUUAAAUUUUUUGACCCCACCGCACCACAGCCGACGGCGCGGCGUCGCAAUGUGCGAAAUACGGAAUCUCCUACAAACAAUGCCUUGAGUCCCAGCGUUAAAAAGUCCUCAUUAAACAAUCAAUGCCUGAAGUCAUCUGUGAGUGACGGUGCUGGCAGUGGGAAUGUGGGUCAUCCAACUGUACCAGCCCUACGACUGAAGGAGGCACUGCAACGUGAUCGAUCAUGCGGCACACGUAUAAAAAACGCGCACCACGACCCAAUGACACCAACAAUGAGUUCCACCACGACUGAACCAGGUGGUGUUUCUAUGGUGGGCAUCACGCCACGGACGACGCGGGCAACUGGGAGGGUGGUUAUUUCCCCCAAUGAUGAACUCAGAGUUAUGUACCGUCAUACAUUUCUUUUUAUUGGCGCCAGUAAUGCUGGAAAGAGUGCCUUUCGUGAAAAUUUGCAAAAACCCGACAAGUGGUAUUCAAUGUUCGCAAAUGAAAAACUGCACGUACGACCAACUUUUGGUGUGGAUUCCUCGUUAAUUGAGACGGCAGCAGGAAAACAGAGUGUACAGAUGAACCUCAUGGAGUUGAGUGGCGAUCGAUGUUUUUCUCUUGUUGAGGGACUUUUACCAACACGGCGUGUGACCUAUGUCUUGUGUUUUUCGCUUCAGAAAAUACCCUCACUGGAGACAUUGCAACCUUUACUGGAGUUUAUUCUCUGUCGAACCUCCAGUAGGGAUGCGACUGUGGUUCUCAUUGGGACGUAUCUUGAUACUUUCAGCCUUGAGGAGGAGGAGUUGGGCCAGGUAUUUGCCACCAUAGAGAUGGAGAUCAAUAACUACUUUCGUCUUGUACAGGACAUUCCAGAGAAGCGGCCUUCUAUAGUGGGUCGUUUUGCGGUUGAUAACAUUUCCCGUGUGGUGGUUUCCCCCGGAUUUUCCAAAAUGAAGAAGUUUCCUGAGCUUUUGUGCUGGUUCGGUGAGCAGGUUUUGCAGCGGUGCCGCAAUGAUGUUGAAUUCCCAAAUGCUGAGGUUCCCUUGCGGGCGCUGGCGCUGUCAAAGAAAAUUCGUGAGCUGACUCGUGGAGGGCAAUGGUAUCUCACAUCCGCAAGUUACAAAGCCAUCGCCAAGGCUGUUGAUGCUCGUUAUGGUUUAAGCAGGGAUGAUUUGCAUCGCCACACUCAGCUUCUGGUAAGUUGGGGCGUCUUACAUCACCAUUUUAGACAUUUUUUAAUGAAGAAGUACGUGAUGGUGGAUGUUCAAUGGGUGUACCGUGUGGUGGCUGUCUUGUCUUGUUGUACACCCUCGGUUAGUUUUGGUGUGGAGCCCAGUACCUUGUGGAAACCGCUGCCGUUUGUCAGGUGUCAAACACUGUUGGAAAAAAUGCGUGAUGUAAUUCCUUUCGACGUUGAUGCUGUUCUUGCCUCUGACGUGUACUCUGUUUUCAACAGAGGUGUUCUGUCCGUGAAGACAGCCAUGCUGCUUUUUCGCGGGGUUAUGGCAGAAAAGGGCCUUGAUUUUUGCUCCCUCACUGGCCUUUUGGAGGUGCUGCGAAUAUACGACUUUGUUGUUAUGGGAAGCCGCCUCAAGUUUUCCUCUUUUAUGGGUGACCUAACGGAGAACGUGCCAGGUAGGAGUCGUGACGUUACUCUAAAAAAGGAGACGAAUUAUGUUGAGAAUGGGACCAUGAAACACGCUGCUGAGGAUAAAGAGGAGGAUAAACAGACAACACCGGCGGCACAGACUUCAUCGAUGGAGAUGUUUCUGCUCAUUCCCGCCUGCUUCAACUCUCAACCCCCCUCGGCAUUCAAUGUACACUUGCCAUCUUUUCUUUGCGGCCCCUUCUACCGAUUUACGCUCAACAUUGUGCCACACAAUUUCUUUGCGUGCGUCACGAGUCGUGUGGCGCAUCUUUCAGAAAAAAUAUAUCUCGGCCCUGUCAGCGCUCGUCCGGUGCCGGUGGAAGAUCUUGUGGGUGGUGACUGCAACGGCAUUACAAUCACUGGAAGCAUUCAUAAUACCUUUGGAGACAAGAAGGUUCAGAAGGGCGGUGCUCGCGCCGUGGGAAUAAGUACGGAGGGCAAGCCAAUGGGUAUGACGUCGAUGGUGGACAAGAGUCACUUUUGGGAGUCCACGGCGUGGGUGAUCAGCUCGGCUAGAAGCCGUGCGCUCAUUCGCAUGGUGCAACACUCUCUCCUUAUCACAUUCCACGACUUUGACGACGAUGAGGAGUUUUACGAUGGCUUGCUCCGCGUAGUGCGCAACCUUGUCUUUGAAAGUCCUGGAGUACAGUGCGAGGAGAGCAUUUUGUGCUCGCUGGAUUUCAUGGAUGAGGGGGAGAAGGCGAAUGAGGUUCACGGUGACAGGGUAUACUGGCGUGGUGUCGACGAUAAUCUAAACUCGCUGGAGAAGAUCCGACAGCGCGAGCAGCUUGCACUCAUGACAGCACGUAGUACUACAUCCUGUAUUCGCCCUGAUGAUCCCGCGCCGCAAAAUACGGCUCAAGACAUGAUGCAGGAAGAGGAAGGCGCCAUACUGAUACCUUUUGUGAGAAACCGCAAGGAGCCCAUUGACGUGGAGGCGUCAAUGCGCCGCGUCUGCGAGGAUUCCCUCUUAACCAAUGAAGUGCUGAAUGGGGUGAGUGAGGCGCUACAUGAGAUGAACAGCGCCCGGCGUCGUGGCAGCGGCGCCGGGCAGUGCGAAGCGAUGGACCGCCUUGUGGACUUACUUGCGCAGGCGUAG